AUGGAAAAUAAAAGUGAAGAACAAGCACAACCUGAAAAAUCUAUUUUCACCGCCAUUGCCCAAGGCGACCUUCCCGAAUUUAAGAAUAUCCUUGCACAACAUAAGGGGAGCGUCGAUUUCUUUGAUGAAAAUGGCAUGACGGCGUUACAGCACGCGGCUUAUAAGGGUAACAAGGACAUGGUGCAACUCCUUCUCGAUAGGGGCGCCGAUGUCAAUUCCGGCAAACACGAGUACAACUAUACAGCUCUUCAUUUCGGAGCUCUGUCUGGUAACUCUGAUGUUUGUAAGUUACUUCUGGACGCCGGCGCUAAACCAACCGCCACUAACUCCGUAGGACGCAGUGCUUCUCAAAUGGCAGCGUUUGUUGGUAACCAUCACACAGUAGCAACUAUCAACAACUAUGUACCUGCCAGCGAAAUAUCCUAUUUUUCGGUACCUCAAGGGCAACAAACAGAACCACAUUUACCACCAUUCUUGGUUGAAUCUCUUCAUAAAUUUGUUCUCGGUGUAAACAUCCACCCUGUUAGACUGGCAUUAAACUUACAACACAUGUCAGCUCUUUUAGAGAAUGCUGAAAAAGUCAGCAAAGUGCUCGAGAUGCUUUGCAAAAAGGAAAUGACAAGAGGUAGUGACACUAAUGAAGUGAUGGCAUUUAAAUAUCAUUACCUCGCCUAUAUCUUAAGGGAGAUCAAUAAUAUACGAGACAAACAGAAACCCGUUGAAAGUAAAGAGGACAAGAAACAUGAUGUUAUUGAAAUUUUCUCUAAGAAGCUAUUAAAACCUGGCAAAGAUGGUGUGUCAUUAGACCUCAUGGAUUCAUUCCUCAAGGAUUGUGUUCGAGAGUUUCCAUACAGAGAAUGUACAACAUUCCACCAAAUGGUAACAUCUCUGACUAGUAAGGACCCACCUCCAGCGUUAACAGUGAUCAACUGUACAAUUAAUGGUCAGAGAGGAUUUGUUGAUGCUAUCCCAUAUUGUAGCACUUGCGGUGAAGAAAAACCAGCCAAGAAGUGCUCUAAAUGCAAAACAGUUCAAUAUUGCGACCGUGAAUGCCAGCGCUUACAUUGGUUUGUACACAAGAAAGCAUGCAACAGAGAAUCGAGUGUACCCGUCAAUUCAAAACCCAACAUCGACCCAUCAGAAAUCACCGCUGAGUUACAAAAUCUUGUUGCCGGAUAA